GAGUUGCAUGAAGUGAUGGUCCAGGACCACUUCUGUUUCAACAUGAUCUGAUUGCUGGGGAAGAACCACUUUAUAUACAGGAAAAUCUCCUUGUCAAUUAAAUGUUUUAAUAGAUUUCUUCUCAUAAUAACUUCUGGAAUAAAAAAAACUACAUGAAACUUGAAGAUUUUUUGGCAACAGCAGUGUUUCCUAAGCUUUUGUGAGUCUUGUCAUCUAGGAUUCAAUAUGAAAACACUUGUGUUCCUUUCCAUUGUGGCUCUAAGUUCUGCUAAACCUUCACUUGAGAAAGAAUUUCUUCACUUCCUGGCCGAGCGGGACAUCUUGCUACAGGAUCCUCCCCAGAACACAACAGACAUCAGUCAACCUGAACAGAUAUCAACUGCAGCACCCAGAGCAGAUGACAGAUUUUUCACAUGCCCUUUAAAAUGUGUAUGCCAAGUACGUGUAGUCCAAUGUUCUGACGCGGGUUUGACGUCAGUGCCAGCAGAUAUUCCCAAAGGUACAGUAAUGCUUGAUCUGCAAAACAACAAGAUUAAAGAAAUAAAAGAAGGUGAUUUAAAGAACCUGCCUUCACUCUACGCACUUUACCUGGUCAACAAUCGGAUUACCAAAAUCCACCCAAAGGCAUUUCGAUCUAUUAAACACUUGAAAUUGCUUUACCUUUCCUGGAAUUUGCUACCUCAGAUUCCCACUAACUUACCUACAUCCCUUUUGGAACUAAGAAUUGAUGACAACAAAAUUAAGAAAAUACAAAAGGGGAGCUUUAAAGGAAUGAAGUUUUUACAUGUUUUAGAGAUUAGUGGAAAUCCAUUUGAUACUACUGAUAUUGAACCAGGUGCAUUUGAUGGGGUGUUGCGAUUGAUUUACAUACGAAUGUCAGAAGGAAAAUUAUCAUCAGUUCCAAAGAAUCUACCUUCUAACCUGUAUGAGCUAAACCUUGACCACAACCGGAUUUCAUCAAUAGAACGUGAGGAUUUCAGACGAUAUAAAGAUUUGUACAGACUGGAUUUAUCAUACAACCAAAUUAAAAAGAUUGAAAAUGGAAGUUUAGCAUAUCUUCCUAAUCUAAGACAGAUUCAUUUGGAAAACAAUGCAGUUAAGAAAGUUCCUGCCAGUGUAAGAAACCUGAAGUAUCUCCAGACACUGUAUCUUCAUAACAACAAUAUCAGUAAGAUAGAAGUAGAUGACUUCUGUCCAAAAGAAUUGGAAAUUAAGAAGCUGCAUUAUAGUGGAAUUAGUCUUUAUGGCAAUCCAGUGAAGCACUGGGAGAUUCAGCCAGCUUCUUUCCGAUGUGUGUCUGGUGCUCACGGAGUGCAACUUGGAAAUUUCAAGAAAUAAAACUAUAUAAAGGAGCGUGCCUCAAAGUUCAAGAAUGUGGAGUAUGAAAUUAAUUUUAAUAAGUAUAGGAAUUCAUGCAUUUACCUCCACAAUUAAUAACGUACAAAAUCUUGGGAAUGCAUUGCUUCAAAAGGGUAAUUUCAAAGAAUAUGUGUUUGUUAGCAAACCAUCAACAGAAAUUUAACCUGGAAUAACUGAUCCAAUAAAAUAUUAUGGUAAGCACCAAACAUAUGAAUGGAAACAGCCACUAGCCACCCUAUGACGAAGGAUUCUAAAGAAAGCAAAUUCUGUUACCUACGAAACAAUGUUUGCUUUUAAUUCACUUUAAUCAUCUGUGCACGUAAUUUCUGACUUGUACAAGUUUCCUCUGUAUCUUCCAUCCUAAAAUGAUAAAAGACGAAGGUAUUUUUAACCCAGCUGAUUUCACACAACUCAUUGUGCAAUUUUGGUUUCUCAGUUGUCCUUUCAGAUAGACCCAACUUUGAAUCAAGUAGUCAGUUUGUCCAAAAAUUUUACAUUAUAAGUACCCCAUAAAAAGGAAACAUUAGAUGCAGAACCCUAAUACAGCCUACUCAUUUUAAUUCAAAUUAUUUGAUAGAUCAAUUGCAUUAGUAGUAAAUAUUUUCUUUUGAUAAUCAAAUAUUUGGCUCAGCCAAAGCAUUUUCAGGCAAAAAAUGGCUUUUAAUUAUCUGGAGAGAAAUGUAAUACCUAUUUAAAUUACAUUUCUUAAUUUGAUAUUUCCGCCAGACAUAACCAUUUUGAUUUUCUGUUAAUAUUAUGUUCAAUUUGCCUAUCAAGAGUAGAAAGGUCCUACAUCUUAAUAUAACUCUGAAACAGUCUCAAAACCAAAGUAAAAUAUUUGAUCAUGAUAGAUUGGGGAAAGGAAAUUGUGGGCAACCCUCAUGGCAUCCAGACACCACUUCAGCAUGUGCAUUGUUAUUUGACUUUAACAGCAAGAAUUAACCAAAAUGUAUAAUCAUAGAAAUAGUCAAAUAAUCUUUUGCCCAGCCAAAAACACCAUCACAAUUACUUGAAAAUAUCUGGAUAUUUUUCCUGUAGUCCCACACUAAAUACCUACAUAGCCACCUAGCAGUGACUAUUGCCCAUUGUAUUUUUCUUGUAAUGGCCAAGGAUAAUGUUGUCAUUAGUCUAAUUUCAAAUGAUAAUAGUCAAUACAGUUUUUCAUUUUGAUCAUCCACUUUACACUGAUUUAAACAACCAGAUUUAUAAUUACUAUAGUUCAUAAAUCCCUUGACUUCUCCCUAGUGAUUAAGGAGAUAACUCUGCAAUCUCUUGUGUGAAUACCUCUCUCGGCUACCUUUGCAUAAUAGCAAUCUGCAAUUAACUUUCUUCAUUUACACGCUUAAAAUUGCUUUACAUUUUCUUUCAUUAUUCUCAUUCUGAAUAUCUUCUGUAAAUGUCAUGAAAGGCAAAUUCAAAUAAAUGGCUUAACCUUCAUUUUAGUAACUUACACACAUACUGUAAUAAAAACAUAAAACGACCAUUUUUCGCUAGCAUUAAGGCAAUUUAGAGGUAGCUAUCAUAUUGCUGAUGUAUUAAAUAAAAGAAUACUUCUCUUA